GCUUUGAACCUGCUUACCCCGAGCUCGAGCAGGAGCUGGGCCUCUCUCCCUGCGUCCUGCCCCGUGCACGGUGCCCCGUGCUUCCCCGGCUCACGCUGGUCCCGGCCCCGGCCCUAGCAGCCCGCUGCGGUCAGGUGCGGCUCAGCCCCGCGCAUCGCAGCCAUGCCCAAGAGGCGCGUGUCCCGUUGGUACUUCGGGGGGCUGGCCUCCUCUGGGGCCGCGUGCUGCACCCACCCGCUGGACCUGCUCAAGGUCCAUCUACAGACACAGCAGAAGAUAGAGAUGAAGAUGACUGGCAUGGCAUUAAAGGUGGUGCGGACAGAUGGCUUCCUGGCCCUGUACAAUGGCAUCAGCGCCUCCAUCUGCCGGCAGAUGACCUACUCCCUUACUCGCUUUGCCAUCUAUGAGUCAUUCCGGGACCGAAUGAGCGCAGGGAGCCACGGGCCCAUCCCUUUCUAUAAGAAGGUGUUGUUGGGAUCUCUUGGAGGUUUUGCUGGUGGUUUUAUUGGGACUCCUGCAGACAUGGUGAAUGUCAGGAUGCAGAAUGACAUGAAGUUACCUGUGAACCAAAGGCGGAACUACUCCCAUGCUAUAGAUGGCCUGAUCCGUGUAGCCCGUGAAGAAGGUGUAAGGAAAUUGUUUUCCGGAGCGACGAUGGCAUCGUCCCGAGGAGCCCUUGUCACUGUGGGGCAGCUCUCUUGCUAUGACCAAGUGAAGCAGCUGGUCCUCAGCACAGAAAUGAUCUCGGACAACAUCUUCGCCCACUUCCUGUCCAGUUUCAUUGCCGGCGGCUGUGCCACCUUUCUGUGCCAACCCCUAGACGUACUGAAGACUCGUCUGAUGAACUCCAAGGGGGAAUAUACGGGUGUCAUGCACUGUGCUUUGGAAACAGCGAAACUUGGACCACUGGCCUUUUACAAGGGCUUUUUACCUGCUGGAAUCCGUCUAGUCCCCCACACCGUCCUCACCUUCAUCUUUUUGGAACAACUCCGAUUAUACUUUGGAGUGGAUGCUUAAGCUGGGCUUAUUUUAUUGGGAGCCAUGCAGAUGCUACAAGGCCCCCCUCAUCUACCCAGGAUUCUUCCAAAGAGACCCAGGGAGGUAGCACCCAAGCAUCCUCUCAGGGGCCAGGACUUCCCACAUUCUUGUCUUGUUUUCCCCUUCUGUGUCACCUAUGUCCACUUCUCUGGCCCAAGAGCAUGGUUGUCCCAAAGGUGUCACAUCCUCACCACCUCCCCCCUGCUCCCACCCCCCCAAUCUUAGGGAUCAAAAUGGUUUUUCAUCUUAUCUUGACAGAAGCCUCUUAAUUCUACCAGUCACUUUCACCCCAUCGAUGUAGCCUUAUUUGCCUUAACUGCCCCAUUGGCCCCUCAUUUGGGACCUCAGAAUGCUCUCUGUACCUUAACCUCUGCCUCACGGAAGGGGUGGAUCCAAUAUGUUUCGUAGCCAAGCUGAAAAAAACCUUGAAACGUGGCCCCUUCCUCUGGCUGCUUAUCCCUCCUUACCCUAUCACACCCUGGACUUCCCUUUGCUUUUAUACAAGUGGGGAAAAUAAAUGUUUACAGGCUUCUCCUCUCCUCCAAUUCCCCGCCCACCCCCCCUUCCCCCUUGCUUGGGAAUGUGAAAUACAUUCUGGUGGUGGUGGCCCUCCAGGCUACACACCCUGAGCAGCUAUUAAGUGCAAAAGAUUUUGUAGAGGAAAGUUAGCACUGAGUUUGGGUGGUAACUUUCCAUACUAUUUUAGUAGUCAAAGAGAGACUGAGGGCUAAGUGUGUAGGUGUAUCUUUAGUCUGUUGAUCAUAAUGAAAUAUGGAAUAUCCAGAUUUGAAUACUUCUUACCUUAUUCUCAAUUUGGGUUGUAACUGCAAAAUUGAGCACUGUGGGCCUCACUCAUUUCCCCUCUCUUUUGACUGUUAAAGAAGAAAAGUGAUAUUCAACAGGUAUGGUUCUCCAUGUGUCCUGGUGAGAAAAAGAUGGUACCUUCUUUAUUCCCCCUCAUCCUCCCUGCAACACUUUCUCCCCCUCUCAUUGUUUCCACCAUUAAGCCCAUCAUAUCUUCUGAUACCCUGUCUCUUUGCCAUCCAGAUCAAAGGGGCUAACACAUCACCCAGUCUGUAGCAUUCCCUCAUGCCCCUGCAGCUUCCCAUCCCUUCCUCUCAAGUCAGACCUCCAGUAGCCCCCAUCGCCAAGUCCUGUUCAGUGAUUGCUUUAAAGAUCAAAUUUGAGCCAAAACUCAGGCACCAAAUAGCUGCUGCUGUCUUCAGGGAUUUCUCCUCUAUGCCUUCUGCUUUCUCUUCUCUCCCAAGACCCCCAUCUCCUUACUUUUUGGUACCACAUUUCACCAUAGCUACUGAGUGACUUGUGUCAGACAAAGGUCAGGAGGCCCGGGGGGGUGGUGGGGUAGUAGAAGGAAACAGAUGUAUAUUUUGACUUUUUAUUUUCUCAGCCCUCAAUUCCCUACCUCCCUAAUAUUUUAUGUUGCUUGUGUAGAAAGAAGUUGGACCAGUCGAGUUGGCUGAUUUCCAGCCAAAACAUCAUGGCAUCCUUUUGGAGGUGUUUUUAUACCCCCACCUUGGGCCCAUUACUUUUCACCUGUUGUCAACUACCUGCCCUGUGACCCUUAGAAAGGAUACAGUGUCCUCAUAUGUACUGUGAAAAUUUAGAGAGAGGCAGCAUUGCAUAGUGGGUAGAGCCCUGGGCUUAAAAGUUGGGAAGACCUGGAUUCAAAUCUUGCCAAUGACACUAGCUCUUUUGACCCUGGUCAAGUCAUUCAACUUGUCUGAGCCUCAAUUUCCUCAUCUUAAAAUGAGGAUCAUCAUAAAUAAUAAAGUAGCAUGAUAAAAUGAGUCUAAGGACAGCACACACUUCACAGAACUAAUAAACGUUAUGCAUUAUAAAGAUAUGAGCUGCUAUUAUUGCUACUUACCUAUGUAUGGUAGCUUAUUAAUGAUUCAGAGUAACUUCAAUAAACCAAAGGGAAAAGCUUUCCCUUUCUAAGUCAGUUGAGUAAAUUUUUAGUGAGUUCAUCCCUCUGCAAAACAGCACCAACCAGACCUUGAGCUUCAGAGGGUAUUAAAAGAAGACAUAGCUGCUGCCUGGUUUGACCUUACAGUGUAUGUAAGGGAAGAAAAUCAGAAAAUGAUUCUGGGGCUAUGAAGGAGAGCAUGGCCUGGACCAGAAAACAGACCGAACAGCAACAGGCCUUUAUUGAGGGCCUGCCAUGUACUAAACUAGAGCUAUGAUCAAAUGGGAUACUGUCGCAGUCAUCUGGAUGUGAGGUACCAUGCUGGCUUGCAGUAGAGAAGGAGGCUGUGUAAUUGGAGAAUCCAGUUGGAUCAGUUGCAACCCAGAGAUCCUGAAGAUUUAAUGAGAUAAGCAGCCUUGGUGCUGUGAGCUCCAUUGUCCACCCCCACCGCCCCCACUCCCUGCACUCAAGGGAAAUAGAGCCAGGCUCUUUAUUCUAAUUCUUCCCUCAGUUGGUUCCCCUCUUCCAGUGUUAGAUGGUUUCUAUGUGGUGGAUGGAUCCUUUUACAUUAAGAACUUUGUGCCACGGGCAGCUAGAUGGUGCAGUGGAUAGAGCAGCGGCCCUGGAUUCAGGAGGACCUGAGUUCAAAUCCGGCCUCAGACAUUUGACACUUACUAGCUGUGUGACCUUGGGCAAGUCACUUAACCCUCAUUGCCCAACCAAAAAACAAACAAAAAAAGAACUUUGUGCCACAUGUUCUUAGUCCUGAGCCCCUGGCCCAUGUUUAAAGGAGGCCAGAGCUAAGGAGUUUACUUAAUGAGGCCAAGAAUGAGAGGCAGUUGGGGCAGCUAGGUGGCGCAGUGGAUAAAGCACCGGCCCUGGAUUCAGGAAUACCUGAGUUCAAAUCCGGCCUCAGACACUUGACACUUACUAGCUGUGUGACCCUGGGCAUUAAGCCCCAUUGCCCCGUAAAAAAAAAAAAAAAAGAAUGAGAGGCAGUUAGCAGAAGGGGUGCAGAGAGUUCUCUUUCCUGAGAUUUCCAGAUUUCCCUUCCCCUUCCCCUGGUAUGAUACAAGAGGGAGUAGGAGGGUCAUUCCACUGAGCUGAGCCCCCAGUCUGAUUUACUUGACACGAGUGACAGAACUAAGAGAAGUGUUUGUAUCUGGAUUUCAUUUUUCAUCACCCUGGCUCUGUAAUGUCAGGGGUGACUGCCCAACUAGCUCUUUCUUGCCCUGGGUUUUGCCCUCUUCUCACCUAGGAAGUAACUUUGGGAAAGGAUUUUAUCUAUCUAAAGGACCUUUGACUUAUGGAUGAAUACAGAACUGUCACCCCCAAAACAAAACAAAGGCUAGGACUAGUCCCCCGGGAGGAAUUGUUGGAAAUAACAAAAUCAUAGAAUUUUAGAGCUGGUUGUAGCUUGUAUUCAUACAAUGUUAAGUGAUAACGAAGCAUUUCUCUCACAGCAUUAUCAAUUAGGCUGUAUUGAGAGCAAAUAGAUCACCAUUUUUGAGAUGAGGAAACAGGCCAAGCUGAAGUGACUUGCCAAAUACAAUACAAUAUAGCAAUUGAGGAUUGGGAUUUGAACUGGAUCUUUUGAACCAAGACCCCUCUUCCCAUAAUACCACAAUACCUCAUGGAAGGCACCUUAGAUAGAUUAUCUAGUCCAAUUUCUCAUUUGUUUCUUGGUUGGCAUCUUCAGAUUUUUUUUUUUGGUUGAUCAAUUUUGUUUCAAUUUCCACUAAAAUGAGUGUUCAAAUAUAUGAACAAAAACAAGAGAUGAAAACAAAAAAUGUAAACUACUGAACAAAACAAUGCAAAAAAGUGAUUGCAAGUGAUGUACAUGUAAUUUCAAUGUUAUUUACCAAUUGUUAAAAGAAAUGAUUAAUUUUAACAAGGUUGAGUUGAUACUGUCUUUUGUAUUUAACAUGAAUUUUGUUGCUGUUGUGAUCUUUAAUUACAUAGUUGUAACCAGCUUGUUCUUUUAGUCCUACUUUCUCUACUACAUGAGGUCAUGUGUCUUCGUGAAUUAUUUGGGAUUCUUCAUAUUUGUCAUUGCUUAGAGCAUCACAUUCCAGUACAUCUACCCAGCAUAAUUUAUUCAGCCAUUCUUCAGUUGUUGGGUAGCAAGUUUUCAAUUUGCUAGGAAUAUCUUUGUACAGAAAAAUCUUUUUUUCCUGUCACAAAUCUCCUUUGGCUGUAAGCUGUUUUUCUGGGUCAAAAUGCAUGAAUGUUUUUGUAACUUCUAUUGGAUAAUUCCAUAUUGUUUUCCCAAAAUGGUUCAACCAGUUCAUAGCCCUAAUAGCAGUGAAUUUAUGUGCCUGUUUUCCCUGGGCCCCAUUAGCUGAGCCAACUGACUAGUAAAUGCCACUGCAUUUUGAA